AUGGGAUGUGUGGCUUCGAUAGUUUGUGUUUGUUGCCCCGGGAGAAGACUUCUAGGAUGUCUCUCUGAAUAAAGACGCCACAAGUGCCAAGUGACUAGAUGGGAGCCGAGGCGGAAAACUAGGGAAUGGGAGAUAAAGUGGCCUUGUGAAUAGGAAUGCCAGAACUGGAGAUGAUGGAUGAAGAUCGAAUGAUUGAAGAAGUCUUGGAUAGAUUUGUUAAUUGUCAUGAGCAAACAUAUGAAGAAUUUCUGAGCACUUUUACUCACCUUUCAAAAGAGGCCAGUGUGACCAAAAGAGGAGCAUUUGGAACUAAUUCCUCAGAUAACAGAUUUACUUCAAUACAAUUUACUCAUGAAAAUGAACCAAAUGAUCACUGUCUUAGAAAUAAAGCCAUCUUUCUUCGUACCUCAUCACAAAGCUCAGAAGAGGAACAGAUAGUGAUGGAGGAGGGCCAAAAAGUUGGCAGUUCCUUUCAAGGUGAUGUGAAUUGGGCAGGAACGGUGAAGGUAGACAAUUUCCUAGAGAUAGAAGAUUUGGAUAUGGAUGAAGAGAUGAAGCCUCAAAUGAGCAAGGAUUUGCCGCUGCUGCCAGGAGAAGUGGAGCAGGAUGUCAGCACCAGUGCUUCUUCUUACAUUCCUUCCAUGGUCCAGCCUCUUACCUCUGGAGUGAAGCCGAGAUCCGCGGGGAAAGGAACAGACAAAGAAAGGGAAGAGAUACUGGGAGAUGAAGUUCAACCCUUCUCACUUGAUGAAGAAUUUGAUUAUGACACCGUGAUGCUAACUCCCAAGUUCACUCCUGCAGAGAUAGAUGUCACAGAGCUAUGCAAACAAAAGAGAGGGGACACCAACAGAUACUUGGAAGAACCAUGACUGAUUCAGCAAGACGCUUUGUGUUUAUUUUUAUUCUGUUCUUAUUCAAGCAGCAUUAGAAUAAAAGAUAAACCUACGUACUACAAUCCCCUUUGUGGAAAUGUAUGUGUGCAUUGAUUUAUCAGAGUUAUUUUUCUGUAGGGAGAUGCGACUCAUAGGACCACAGAGAUCUCUACCCUCACAGAGUUCCCCUCUGUCAUGUUAUUGCCACAUCCUGUAGCUAGUAGCAGGCGAUGGAGAUUGCAAGUGGGGACAGGAAGCAGUACUUAUGGAAGGGUUCAUUUUGAUGAGAGCACUGCAGCUAGGUAACAUGGGGUAUCAUCACAAAUGUUGGAACAUCCCACCUCCUUGGGGGCGGAGGGCAAUUGCACGGGCAAGACACACUGUAGCUCAUAGAGAAGAAUUGAUUAAGUGGGUUGGUCACUGGUCCCAGCUAUCUAGACAUAGUAGUAGUAAUAUGAGUGCUGAGAGGCUGGGCUCCUGGGAUUGAUUGGGAAAAGCUUCACUGAAAAGGAAGGCGCCUGAGAAUUGAUCAUAGGUCAUAUAUUAAAUUCUUGUAGUUUGUUAUUGCCAUUAAGUCAUGUCUGUUGAUAGUUACCAAGUAUAAGGAUCUAUCUGCAGAGGCUUAAAAUAUAAGUUGAGAAAGUAAGACAUAGAGAAGACAAGUAGAGAAUGUAAAAACAUAUUGAGUGCUGAUUGUGUAGAAUACCCAUAAAUGCAUUAAAGGAAGGGGAAUAGAGAGAUGAAGGCACAGAAGAAGGGGAAAUAGUAAGUAUGAAAUAAUCUUUGUUAUUGAAGGAAUGGGUAACAAAUCAAAUGUACUUAGUCUUAAUUAGUUUUUAUAUAGACCUGUGCUUGUGUACGUGCAUGUAUGUGUAUGUUUGUAUCCAUAAAAAUAGCCAUUUAUAUUCCUUACAAAAGAAUGCUCUUGAUUUAAUGUUGAGAGUCAAUUGAUUUCCACAUAUAUUUUUCUUUAUUUAGUCAACAACUUUCAUAAAGCACCAUUUAUGUGCCAAGUCUAUGCUAGGUAAUGGGAAAGAUACAAUUGAAUUGACAUGGUCUGAUUGAGUGGGGAAGGCAGAUUUAUACAUAAAUAAUUGUAGUGCAGCUACGCUGUUCAGUGUAAUAGCCAUCAACUCAUGUGGCUAUUGAGCACUUGAAAUAUAGCUAGUGUGACAGAGGAACUGAUUUUUAAAUGUCAAUUUUAUUUUCAAAUAAAAAGUUGAUAUUUGAUGCAGUUAUUAUAAAACUUUCAAGUACAUUUGGAACAAUGUGGGUAUGCGAAUCUCCUUUUUCAACUGUAAAUUUUAUGGCCUCUAAAUACAGAUCGAUUUUUUGAUGACAGCUUAGUGUUUAAAUUUAAAAUAUGCUAUAAAUGUAAAUACACAUUGGAUUUCAAAGGACUAAUAUGAAAAUUUGUAGAAUAUCUUAUUAUAUUUUUUGUAUUGAUUACAUGUUACUAUGAUAAUAUUUUGGAUAU